CUGUACUCGCUUAUUUAUUGAAAGCAAACUUGUCUCCUAGGAUUGGGCCAUCUAUACCAUAGCUGUAGGGUACUGGAAUGCCUCUAAAAACGGCCUCACAGUCCCGUGGUAGAUCAUAUAUGUAUGCAUAAGCUGACGCCGCCAAAUACCAGAAUUGGGUUGCGUUGUUACCAAGACAAGCAGCUGGGCCAGCUACACUGCGUGGAUCUGCAGGUAUGAAUUCGCUUGAACAACGUACCAGGGUCGUUGGUGAUGGAGGUAGUUCGUACACAUCAGUUGCUAAAUUUGUUGAGAUGAGCUUCUGAAGUGGGCACUGUGUCGCUGGUUCCACAAGCGGGGUGACGUUGAUGACGCGGUGUCUGUAAUAGAUCGCUGUUACUUUGCAGGAGCCAAGAACCGGGUGAUCCAGGAUUGUGUCAUCCCCGGAGCACGAUAACUGCAUACCUGGUGCGCCACAUGAUGGUGGGUGAGUUGAAAGCCGGAAUGGGAACCAUAUCUCAGGCCCAUGUUUGCUGCUGCACCUGUGAGAUGAACAUCGUUUCGAGAAAUCUUCAUCAUCUGAUGCUCCGCCCACAUAGGUUUGAUGGGUGAGAAGAGAUAGCAGUAGCGGCGUGACAAGAAAUUUAAGCAAGUCCAUGGGAUGUAUUGGGUAUGAAGGUGGAAGAAGAGAAAGCCAGGAGUAUAGAAAAUCGCUGUUUGCUUUACUUCUGGUGAGGAUUGGUUUAGCGGUUGUCUUGAAAUUUAUGUGCCUGACCCGGAAUUCCAGCUGCCACCAAAACCUCUGCCAUAUGUGUUCUAUGGCUCAGAAAGUUCCAUGGUUCUAUUGCUGUUUAGACCAUUCAUGCCGUUUCACCACACAUAUAUGCAUAAUUAUCAUCUAAAAAUCAAACUCGUGAAGUUGAUAUGGUAAAGCAUAAAAAAUAUGUGCAUCCAUGUAGCUUGUAUAACUAUCAUUUCGGCCUGGACCACCAAUUGUUUCUUGUUAGUCUCCAUGUAGUACUUCCCUUCCUAACGAUUACAUGUUGGCCUUGAAAAAGAAAGGGUUGACUGGAUAUUCGAGUCAAGCAACAAAAAACAAGAGGAGAGAAGAGGACAGGGCACUGGGAGUGGCGAAUACUAAGUCUUGUUGUUAUUGGAGCCACAAAAAAACAGCCGGACAUGGAAGGUUGUCAAGGACGUGCCUGAAUGCACAACCAAUAUUUCCAUGGGCCUUGUUCUGUGUCUUGGAAAAUUCCGUGGUCUCUGGAAAUAAAUGUUGAGAGUAUUCUUUUGAUUUCACCAGCUGCACAUCCCCAUUUUUCUUCAAUCCUAAAUAACUAGUCUUUGACAGAAUUGUACACAUCUAACUAGAUAAAAAUUGCAAUAAACGCAUGAGCUUGACAUGGUAAAGCACCAUUUGCAGAGGUAUGAAUUGCGAUAAGACUUGAUGACUUGUUGUGAUAACAGCAAAAUUGUAGUCCAGUCACAAGAUCAUAAAAUAAUUGACCUGGCGUUAUGGAAAUGCUUUCAGUUAGUCUUGUAAAGAAAAAGCUUCCACAAGAUCAUAAAUAAUUGACCUGGCGUCGGAUGCGGUUUAAAUGAUGUGCAUUAUAAGUUGUAUAAUCUGCAGGCAAUGGAAACCAGGGGAAAUAUCAAUGCAUCUGCCCACAUAAUCUGCAUGUGGUUUGAAGAUAUUCCGGGGAAUUAGUUUCAUAUUAGAGGGGUUUAGGGAAGUAUUUCAACUAGAAGUAGAUAAGCACGAGGAAUUCGAUCAGACUUAGUUUUUCCUCCCUGCAAAACAUGCCUUGCUAACUAGUAAACUCAAAUUAUCUCAAAUGAAUGAUAUUUUCUUAUUUUCCAUUUUUUGGUCCCUGUUAUUUGUCAUUUUCUCAAGGCACCGAAUUCCAUGUUCCAUGACUUGGACAUGAUUGGACCAGUACAGGAUGCUAUGGUAACACAAUUGGACUCUUCUGUUAACCAAGAGGUCGCCAGUCAAGAACAUCACCAUCACUUAGAAGAGCCAGUAGGUGGUAUGUACACAACUUUAGUUGGCAGCCUAGUAGCCAAGUCUCCUAGUCAGCAACAUCACAGUCAUGUAGAGGUACUAGUUGGCAUGUAAUUACCAUCCUUUGGAGCUCUAUUUUUUUACUUUGGCAGCCACUCACUUAUUCAGCCAUUCAUCUGUGCAUCUGUGUGUCUUCCAUGGCGAUGCCCACUGCUCUCAAGGCCUUAACUUUCUUGUUUGUGCUUGCAGUUCUUGCACCAGAUCAGUCAGAAGGGCAGCAUCAUCAGCCUUAUUGUCCUUCUUUCUCUUGCGGCCCUUUUAGAAACAUAUCGUCUCCAUUUCGUCAGGCAAGUGAUCCACCUGGGUGCGGCUAUAAAUCUUAUGAGCUAGUUUGCGGUGAUACAAAGGCUACAAUUCGCAUCAACAACGUGACAUACUAUGUGUCUGCCAUCAACUACAGUGAUUCUUACUUCUGGGUAGUUGAUGCCGACAUGGAUUUAUACAGCAGCUACCCUCUACCUCGGUGGAAUCAGCCUCCCUCUUCCUUCUGGGAAGUUGAUCACAACAUGGAAGUCGAAUUGGACCCCCUUUCACGUAGACAGUCUUGCUUUAUUAAAUGCUAUCGGGAAGUAAAGGACCAUGGUAUGUACAUGCGUGUUGCUUGCCUUAGCACCAAUGAUACUUAUGUUUACGUGUUAACUGGUUAUGAUUCUUGUUCUAUGGAGUAUCUCCAGCCUUCUUGUGGGUAUUUGGCCAUGACUCCUUCAGCUUGUGACACUCCAUUUUGUGAGUACUACGAGCUACUAGAAAAUGCAAGUUAUGUAGAUGUUGUGAAAUCCAUGAGGAACGGAUUUGCCGUCAAAUUCCCUUUCUGGUAUGACAGGACGAGCAGAAGUAUCAAAGAGUGCAUAAUACGUCAGUUUCGCGACUUGCUGCAAGAGUGUAGUGAAGACGUCAGUAGUUGUGUUCAGCAAAUUCUUUUGGUCGAUGGAGAUUUCUGGUACUGCUCACUUCUUGCAACUGGAUUUAGUGAUGAUGCCUCAUCAAACAUACCAUUUGUCUUCUUCUCUGUCAAGUGGAUUGCUGUGCUAUGCAGGUUUGUGUUGGCACCACUGGCUGUGUUGAUCUUCCUCGCCCACAAGUAUUGGAAAACGAGGAUCACAGUCGAUGCUGUCGAGAAGUUCCUCCGAAUGCAACAGAUGCUAGGUCCAAUGAGGUAUGCCUACACUGACAUCACAGCAAUCACAAGCCAUUUCAGAGAUAAGCUCGGUCAGGGAGGCUACGGGUCUGUGUUCAAGGGUGUGAUAUUGCCAGGCAAUGUUCAUGUUGCUGUCAAGAUGCUAGAAGGCAAUCCUAACUGCAAUGGAGAAGAUUUCAUCAAUGAAGUCUCCACCAUCGGUAGGAUCCAUCACGUAAAUGUGGUGCGUCUCAUGGGAUUCUGCUCAGAUGAAAUGAGGAGAGCACUGGUUUACGAGUACAUGCCUCAAGGUUCUCUGGACAAGUACAUCUUCUCAGCCGAGAAGAGUUUCUCCUGGGACAAGCUCUCCGACAUAGCUUUGGGCAUUGCCAAGGGGAUCGACUACCUUCAUCAGGGUUGUGACAUGCAGAUUCUGCACUUUGACAUCAAGCCACACAACAUCCUUCUUGACAACAAUUUUGUCCCUAAAGUUGCUGAUUUUGGUCUCGCCAAACUAUACCCAAGGGACAACAAUUUUGUGCCAUCGAGAGCCCUACGGGGAACUAUUGGGUACAUAGCUCCUGAGAUGAUAUCACGGAGCUUUGGUGUCAUAUCGAGCAAGUCUGAUGUUUACAGCUUUGGGAUGCUGUUGUUGGAGAUGGCUGCAGGAAGAAGGAACGCCGAUCCGAAUGCAGCGAACUCGAGCCAAGCAUACUACCCAUCAUGGGUGUAUGAUAGACUAACUGAACAAGAAGUGUGUGAGAUAUCUCCCGUUGCUGGCAUGCAUGAGUUGGAGAGGAAGCUGUGCAUCGUUGGACUAUGGUGCAUCCAGAUGAAGUCUAAUGACAGGCCGACGAUGAGCGAGGUCAUAGAGAUGCUGGAAGGUGGCUUCGAAGGCCUGCAGAUACCUUCCAGGCCAUUCUUCUGCGACGACGAGCACACCACUGUUCCGGAUUCUUACCCUUUGUUAUCCGAGCUGACCGAGAUCUCGGAGGAGGAUGAGAUCUCAGAUUCUUAUGUUUCCCGGGUCCUAUGAACUUCUAUGUGGAAACAUGUAAUAAAAUCUAGCAGUUAAAGAGGAUAUAUAACUCCAAUUGCUUAAUUGGUAGUAGAAUCUAGAAUGUAAUCAUCUUUCUGGAAGACACAUAUUAUCCGAAUAUAUGAAUAACAACUUGU